AUGUUUCUACCGUGGUUUAAUAAUGUUACUUUUACUCAUUCAUUGAUAAGUGCAGGUAUUCGUGUUGCUACAGGUGGUGCUGGUGCUACUUAUGAUGAUCAAGUUCGUGGUGGUGGACCGCUUGAUAAAAUGGGGAUUUAUGCAUGAAGUAAUGAAGAUAUUGAAAGUAUAGGAGGUCAUGAACGUAUUGGAGAUAUUGGAGGUAUAGAAGAAAUGUAUACAAAAUGUGACAAAAAACCUAGACCGAGUCGGUAA